AUGUCACUGCCGUCCACCGGGUCUCCUACGACCGGCCGCAGGCUCUCCGAGGCCAAGUUAUUCUCCAAUGACGGACAAGCAUCAUCUUUUGGACGCGAAGCAUCCGUAAGUACCACGGACAGAAUCCUUACAAGGCUAUCCGAGCAGCAAAGGUUGCUUGAUCGGCAGAGGCGUACUCUUUAUAGCAGCUAUGAGGGUUUAGAAGGACAUGAUGGAACCAACAAAUCUUCUAAAAUUCUACCGCUUACUUCAACCUCGGGACUAGUCCAGUCUCUUACCCAAGAUCUAGCCUUACCGGAUGCUACAAACACCGACACAUCCGAAGUACUUCGCUUAAAGCAGGAACUACUUGCGGCCAAUUCAAGAAUUGCACUUCAAGAACAAGAGCUUGCACAAACUCGUGUAAUCAAACACACACUGGAUCAGGCCCUUGGCCCUCCUUCCGAAGUUGACUUUAAUGGCCGGGAGGUCACGGAGCAGACGAUCAGUGAUUUACAAGAUGCCUUUAACGCUUCGAAUCCAACUUUCAGUCAGCUUCAGGACGGAUGGAGUGGCCCAGAUGACUCUCAGUCAGACAUUUCCGACGCGCUUUCUACGGGAGCAUACAACCGGUCGCGAGGUUUCUGGAUCCCCCCAGUUCAGCAGAGGUUUAACAUGAAUAUGCCUAACCCAGUUAUUGAUAAAGCUUACGGCGAGCCAAUAUCAAUGCCUAACAAUUACCUUAGUCAAAAUUUGAGCAGGCCUUGGAAUAAUCUACUUCCCGAUGUUGGUGUCUCUGGACACACUUCGUCCCAGCCUCAUCGUGUGUUCUCUGGGCCGUUGACUGGAGCUUGCAGUUUCGACGCACACCUUGCCAGUGAGCAAAGUAGGUAUACUUCAGGCUCAGGCGCAGGGCCACGCCGGUCUAUCACACAGGCCAACCGCGGUGGGUCUUGUUUUCCAACGCAACAUUCUCCUUGGGGAACGUUCGCUGCCAGCUCCCCAAGUAUUCAAGCGCCUAGAUCACCUGCGAAUCGGCAAAGCGGCACAUAUCAACAGAUAGGAUUGUAUCCUAUAUCGCCUUAUCAUCAACAACCAGUUGGGACCCCCCUCUCUCCCACAGCCUCUGAGUUUACUUCUUCCGGCACGACUGCACCACCCUGGACAUCUUCAGCCGUUGGUGUGAGCUCUACUCAGACAUACAUUUCGCCUCUCGAACCACUUAAUUACCGCAGGCUCCUUGACAAAAAUGUCUCUUGUGAUUGGAGAUAUAUUGUUGAUAAAAUUGUUUGCAACAACGAUCAACAGGCUUCUAUCUUCCUACAGCAGAAACUCAAAGUUGGGACAGCUGAGCAAAAGUAUGAAAUUAUAAAGGCCAUAGUGCAUCAAGCAUAUCCCCUAAUGAUUAAUCGUUUUGGCAACUUUCUUGUGCAGCGCUGUUUUGAGCAUGGCACAUCUGAACAAGUAGUUGCCAUUGCAAAUGCAAUAAAAGGUAACACAUUGAGUCUUAGCAUGGAUCCCUUUGGCUGCCAUGUAAUCCAAAAGGCAUUCGACUGUGUCCCUGAAGAGCAUAAAGCUGUUAUGGUCCAUGAACUUUUACGCAAAAUUCCAGAAACAGUGAUCCACCGGUAUGCUUGUCACGUCUGGCAGAAACUCUUCGAGUUACGAUGGAGUGGUGAGCCUCCGCAGAUUAUGGCUAAGGUUAACGAGGCAUUGCGCGGAAUGUGGCAUGAAGUCGCUUUAGGGGAGACGGGAAGCUUGGUGGUACAAAACAUAUUUGAGAAUUGUGUGGAGGAUGAAAAGCGUCCGGCCAUAGAAGAAGUGCUGACCAAGAUCGACCUACUUGCUCACGGCCAGUUUGGGAACUGGUGCAUUCAACACAUUUGCGAGCACGGCGCACCUCAUGACAAGAAUCGUGCGAUUGAGCAUAUCCUCCUGUGGUCUGUUGACUACAGCAUGGAUCAAUUUGCUUCUAAAAUAGUGGAAAAAUGCUUAAAGAUCGGUGGCUCUGAGUUCCUAGACCGGUACCUUACUCGAGUGUGUACAGGUCGUACCGAUCGGCCGAGAAUGCCAUUGAUUGACAUUGCUGGGGAUCAGUAUGGGAACUACCUCAUACAGUGGAUCCUUAUGAACGCCGCGCUUCAUCAGCGUGAGCUAGUUGCGAGUCAUAUCAGGAAACAUAUGGUUUCUUUGCGCGGGUCUAAAUUUGGUUCUCGCGUGGCCAUGCUCUGCUGCAACCCGUCUCAUAUUACACGCCCUGGACCAGGUGCUGGCAUGCAGAUCGGUCGUUUCACAAACUUCAACGACGAUAGGUACCAAAUCUCAGGUCAAAAUGGAGGCCGAUUUAGUCGCGGAAGCCAAUGGAACCCUAACUACCCACCAUUCCGCUAA